AUGGGAUCGCUGCAAGCGCAAGUUCCGCCGCAGGAGGACGAUGUGACCCUAUCCGCAGUUUUCGACAACAACAACCCGCCGCGUCUAGGAACCGAUGUAGGCAUUCGUCUUCCGCUAAGUGCAAUGGCUGCGUUCGCCUCAGGGAUGGCUCUGGGAGCUUCUCACGGAAGCACAAAGGCUGCCUUUCGAUUUCGUGCUGAGAACGCCCAUCGCUUUCCUACCAACCCAACCGGAUGGUACCAGUACCAUAAGAGCAAAAAUUACACAUCCAUGAUCGGGGGUUUGAAGGAGGGUACAAAGCUGGGCAUGAAGGUUGGAAUAGGAGCCGUGGCUUUUUGCAUAUUCGAAGAAACGGUUGAUCAUGCUCGUGGGAGCCGUGACUUCUUAUCCACGGUCACCGCUGGGCUAUCCUUCUCUGGCGUCUACAGCUUACUCGCCCGUCAUGAUGUUUAUACGGCAGCUCGAACGGCAAAAGUUGGACUAAAACUGAGUCUGGCUUAUGGACUACUCCAGGACCUGUUUGCAUCAUUCCGUGGAUCACGGCCGCAAUAUAUUCAAUUCGUCUUCAAUGCCUUUGGCAGACUAGGAUCACCAUAA